AGCUGCGAGCCUGCGAGCGAGGCUUGCGACCCGGGCCGGCUCCCCCUCAUAAAGGCGUCAGGCUCGUCGGCCCCGAAAGUUUUUACCUUUCCUCCCCGGCCGUCUCCACUCGCCAUGCUGGCCGCCCCCACCGCGCCUCUCUCCACCACUACUCCCCCGGCGCCAUGAGCCUGUAGCGUGGCGGCGGUGUCGAAGCCACCAUGGGCAGGUCGAGAGGCAGCAGGGGCGCGGGCGGCGCGAAGUCGUCGUUCCCGUCGCCGGCGUCGUCCUCGGCGUCCUCGUCGGAGUUCGAGUUCACGGUCACGCUUUCGCCGGCGUCCAAGCAGCGCUCGGCGGCGCAGCUGUGCCCGGCCGACGAGCUCUUCUACAAGGGCCAGCUCCUGCCGCUGCAGCUGUCGCCGCGCAUCUCCAUGGUGCGCACGCUGCUGCUGUCCUCGGCGUCCACGUCCUCCGCCUCCGCCUCCGACUCCACCUCCACGUCCAACUCCUCCCGCGACUCCAACGGCAGCACCUCGUCCUCGUUCUCCGCCGACUGCGCCGCGCUCCUGCUCCCGGACUCCGCGGCCUCCUCGUCGCGCCCCAGCUCCGCCACCGAGGACGACCGCCACCUGCACCCGCUGCCGGCGGCCGCCUCGUUCGCCGGGCUGCCACCGGCCAAGCGCACCGGGAAGCAGUACCUCUCGUCCUUCGCCACCCGCUUCUCCUCCGUCUUCCACCGUGGCGGCGCGCCGGCCGCCAAGAAGCAGCCAUCCAAGUCGCUCGCCAAGGAGGUGAUCAAGAAGUACGCCAAGAAGGUGAAGCCGCUGUACGAGAAGCUCUCCCAGAUCCCCAAGAACCAGAGCAACGUCAACGGCGGCGGCGUCGCCGCCAACAACCAACCGCAGCAGGGGUCCAAGAAGCCGUUCACCUUCUCCAUCCGCAAGAAGCGGGCCGACGACGACCACGCCGUCCCUGCUGCGGCAGCGGUGGACGCUGACGUCGUCGUCGGCGGCAAGUACGCGCACUCCAACUCCUUCUCCGGGAACCUCCGGUUCCCGCGCCAGAAGCGGUGCGCGGCGAGCUGCCCGUCGUCGAUGCGGUCGUCGCCGAGCCACUCAGGUUUGCUCACCUUCGGCGGGGCCGGUGGCGUAGGCUUCCCCGACGUGCCGGCCGCCGCGGCCGCGGCCGUGGCGAGCGGCAUUGGCGUCGGGCCGGUGUCGCUGUCCACGGCGUCGUCGAUGGAGGAGCUCCAGAGCGCCAUCGAGGGCGCCAUCGCGCACUGCAAGAACACGAUGGGUGGCGCCGUUCCGGCGUGCCCGCGCAAGGCAGCGGUCGCCGGCGAGAUCUGCGCGUUCUGAGCGCGAGCGCGCUAGGAUUCGGGCAGGGAGCUAAGUAACGCCGUUUAAUCGUUAGCAGUACUUAUCUGUUAAUCUUAAUUUCAUUCGUCUCCUUUUGGUAAGACUCUAUGAUAAUGGUGGUAAAUAAGGGUAGUUCGAAGGGUUAAAUGAUAAUCGGAGCCUUUGAAUCUCUCCUUUCUCUUGGUUUGGAAUUUGCAUUGGUGCCCUCCAGAUUUUUGCUCUAGUUGCAUCUACCCCACCCAACUAAAGAAAAUGGUUAAUUUCUAUGGUCAACUUUAUAAUAGUUCUAUAUAAAGUCACAAAAGAACCCUCAAACUUGAUGCUUUCAAUGGAAACAUUCAGUUGAUGUGCAUGCAAACUUCUUUUAUGAAAUGAGUGCAUUUGAAAGAUUAUGGAUGGUGUUGUGGCCUGCAUUUUCUAGUUAGAACCCUCAAAAGCAGUUGGUGUGAGUAUAUUUCACUCCAAUUUUUUUUUAAAAAAACAAAUGGAGUACAGAGUUCCCAACGUGAUGAUGGAGGGUGUUGAUGCAAAUUUCAGUUCCAUAGAGAAGGGUUGCCAAAGCUCCUUAGUUCAUUAGGUUGAGGUUUUGGACUCUGAUGUGGCUGUACGUCUGAGCUAGUGGUGUCAAUUUUUGUUUGCGAUUUUGUCCCGAGACAAGUGUUUAAUAUUAAGCUGAUCCUAAUAUAGUUUGGCAUUUAAUCCGUACUUGCAUGAUUGCUUCAAAAAGUUCUUGUUGUCUGCUCCCCGCCGCUCAAUGUACUAUUUGUGUUGUUUGA